CUUGGCUUUGGGGCUUGCUUCUAUUGGACCUGGGGUUGGUUAAGGCACUAUUGCGGGACAAGUUGUAGAAGGUAUCGCGAGACAACCAAGGCAGAGGGGAAAAUACGGGGUACUUUAUUAAUUAAUAGGAUUUUCAAAAAUGGGCGAUCAAAACAUCGAAUCACUAUGCGUAUCUCGGUAGUCGUUACUUUAGGUUGUCUUUCUUUUUUGCUUACUCCUCUUCCUAUUUCGGUUUUGCUUGUAUACCAAAAUAACAUAUGUCAAACAACUAACUCUUAUCUCUUUACGGGUUUCUCAAUGUUGUGUUCGGUUUAG